AUGGCAGAAGGAGUUUCUGCAAUCAAUGAUUCAUUAAUUAGAUUGUUUAGAGAUCAAGAACUUUUGCCAGUUGUAAAUGACAAUCUAUAUCAUUCACUAGAGACUUCGAAAACUGAUGAUGAAAAUCCUUCUAAAGACUGGAUAGUUGCUAUAAAAGAUUUGAAAUAG